ACAAGUGAUACCACAAUGAAAGAGCUCCUGUUUGUGUAUGCCGAACUAGGGGGCGCUGUGCAGGGCGAGGAGCUCUGCAGAAGAAGGUGGCUCUGCUUUUGGAUCCGUUCGGAGAGUCGAGCGGUUCCGCACAGACCGGUGGUUUCUGUUGUUCGAGCAAUGGAGGAUACUGGCAGUUCCCGUCCGACGGCAAACCUUGAUCACCCUCCUAACAGCCGACUCUUCCUGGUGAUCAGCAAGUCGACAUCGGAGGAGGUGAUCCGGGAGAAAUUUUCUUUGUUCGGAGACAUUCAGGACAUCUGGGUGGUGCGGGACAAGCAGUCCAAAGACCAUAAGGGCAUCGCGUAUGUGAAAUUUAACAAAUCGUCGCAGGCCUGCAAAGCCAUGGAGGACAUGCACGGCAAGGCCCUCACCGAGGACACCAAGCCCAUCAAGGUGUUCAUCGCACAGUCCAGAGGGUCAGGCAGCCAUCGUGAUGUUGAAGAUGAAGAGUUGACUAGGAUUUUUGUAAUGAUUCCAAAAUCUUAUACAGAAGAUGAUCUACGGGAAAAAUUUAAGGAGUUUGGAGAUAUUGAAUACUGCAGUGUUAUCAAGAACAAGAAUACAGGGGAGAACAAAGGCUUUGGCUAUGUGAGAUUUCUGAAACCUUCUCAGGCUGCUCAGGCCAUUGAAAACUGCGAUCGAUCUUUUAAGGCAAUACUUGCUGAGCCAAGAAACAAACCAGCAUACACUGAAAAUGACUAUGUUAGUGGGGCAAGACAGGAAUCAUCAGUGUAUGGAGCAACGUUUGAACCUCAAAGAGGCCAAACUGUGUUUCCCUUCGGUGAUUUUCCCAACUUUGGAACAAACGAAAUGAGAAGUAGUGAAUUGAGAACUGAAAUAAGAAGUGAAAUGAGAGGUGGAGAAAAUAUCUCCACUUGUCUUUCCGUGUCUACUAGAGGACUGCUUACACAUGAACAAGUUUACAGUCUCUUCGAUAUCAUCCCAGGAUUGGAAUAUUGUGAGAUUCAGAGAGAUCCAUAUAUGGUUUAUGUCAAAGGAUAUGCGCUGAUUCGGUACAACAAUGUGGCAUCGGCUGUGUAUGCUAAAGAAAAGCUGCAUGGAUUUGAGUAUCCACCUGGCAAUCGAUUGGGAGUCAAUUACAUUGAUGAUGACCCUAGUGACAGGCAAUCAAACCCAGUUGGAAUGAUGGCCUUACAACUUGUGGCAGCGCAGAUGAUGUCACUUGCCUGUAACAGUCCAGUUGGCCAGCAAUUGGUUUCAGCUUCAGCUAGUUUUGCAGGGAGCAGUAGUAACCAGAUGUCGCGGUUGCAAGUUGACUUCCCUGUACCUCCACCUCAAAACUUUGCUCCUUCUGAUAGUAUUGUCAGAGAGCGACUCUUUGUGGUCUUCAAUCCAACUGUUCUGCCUCUUGAUGUAUUGGAGGACCUGUUUUGUCGUUUUGGGAACUUGAUUGAAGUGUAUCUGGUGCCUGGUCGUAACAUUGGCUAUGUAAAAUAUGCUGAACGACACAGUGCUACUAAUGCCAUGGACAUCUUGCAUGGAAAAGUUGUUAAUGGUGUCAAGCUCAAAGUAAUGUUAGCUGAUCCUCCACGAGAAGAGUCACACAAGCGACAACGAACACACUAGGCAAUUUUGCAAAAAGGUUAUGCAAAGAAUGGGGACAAAAUGACAUGACACAUCAGCUGACUGACUGGCUACUUGACAGUACACAGUGACUUCCACUCGUGACCUUUGCUAGUAACUGAACAGUUUUUUUUAUUUUCUGGGAAUGGGCAGCAACUUGAAGUCCUUGACAUAUGUUGAUUACAGUGUUUAAGAUAGGAAUUUUAAUAAUAUACACCCUGAAGAAAGUUGCUUUAAUCCAUGUAAUCAUUGGAUUCCCACCCAUUAUAAUUUGAAAUGUACUUGUUCUGUUGUCUUGCCUAACCUGUACAGAACAUAAUAAAUUUUUUGUCAAACAA